AUGGGUGAACGUGCCUGCAUUCUGGAACAACUUUCCUCGGAGUAUCACGAUUUCAAUGGCUCGGGUUAUCUAGUCUUGAAUGAGCCCCCGACUCCUAUCCAAUUUUCUCGUCUCGUCCACAUCUCCCGGCCAGUGCUCAUCAUGGGUGUGGACAUGAUAGCUUCACGAUCUUGGACCGACGAAUACCUCUCGGAAGCUCUGGGCAAUAACACGAUUUCUGUUGCAGUUACGCCAGAUGGUCGCGCGGAUGCCGUGACGUUAGGACCUGACGGACAAUCGUAUUUUGUCGAACCUGCCGUAGAGCAGAUGUCAAUGUCCGACUUUCUAUCCAAACUGGCCAAGGACGACCAGCACUCUGACGUAUACUAUCUACAAUCGCAGAACGGCAACGUCUAUUCCAGCGCAUUUUUCGACGGCACUGACAACAAGUCGGAAUUCGACGCAUUAAGGGAGGACAUUCCAAGUGAAAUCGAUUGGUGUAGUGAGGCUCUGGGGAGAAACCCUGAUGCUGUGAACCUGUGGAUUGGCAGCAGGAGAAGCUCAACGAGUCUACACAGCGAUCCAUACGAGAACAUUUACCAUGUUGUGCGGGGGGCGAAGCAUUUCAUCUUGUUGCCGCCCACGGAGGGCUGGUGUUUGCAAGAACGACUCUACCCACAUGCCAGGUGGACGCGUUCGCAUCCAAAUGAACCAUUAAAUGUUGUUCCUUCACAAAACACGCCUCCUGUCCGUUGGGCAUCUGUUUCUCCACAACAAUUACCGGAAUUCACGCACCCUAUCCACAUAACGGUGAACGCAGGAGAGACUCUGUAUCUACCUCCAGGCUGGUGGCACUAUGUGCUUCAGGACGAUGCAACGAUAGCGCUCAAUUAUUGGUAUGACAUGGAAAUGCAAGGGCUAGGCUUUACCAUCUUAAACUUUCUUCGUGGGGAAGCAGAGUCGUAG